GUUGUUGGUGUUGUUGUUGUUGGUGGUGUUGUUGGUGGUGUUGUUGUUGUUGGUGAUGGAGGAGGAGGAGACCAUCGACCCGUGAUGUUCGCGCUCCAGGCCGUGCCGCUCCACGCCGCUGACCCGGCAGUGGCGGCGGCGUGGACGUGGAGCGAGCCCCAGGCCCUCUUCUUCUGGAGCCUCCUCUUCGUCAACCUCUUCGUGUUCUACUACGCGCUCUUCUUCCUCGAGUGCCUGUGCCUCAACAUCGGCAUGGACGCCUUCUUCCCCCCCACAGACGCGCACGACGCGCUGCUCGCCCUGGGAGUCGAUCUCGCCCCGGACUUCGACCUCGACUUUCUCGACUCCGACCACCUCCUCCAGUGAAGUGCCGGUGUCGUGGGGAAGGUGGUCCACGUCUCGCUCCCCGUGGGAGCUUCGACCAUGGCUGCUCGAGCCGUGCUGAUGAAGCUGCAAACGCCGAGGCCGAGACUUCUCCACCGGCCAUCGACCGGUUGGAGGCGGUGCGCUCGGCCUUGCCCCGCCGGACUUGGGUGGGGGAUUCCCGGCAGGGCGGCUAGGCAAGACCGAGGCUUCUCGGCGAGCUGCGGGGCCGUGGUGGACCUGCGCAGCGACACCGUCACGCGGCCCUGCGCAGCGAUGAGGCAGGCGAUGGCCGAGGCCAGGGUCGGGGACGAUGUCUACGGCGAGGAUCCCACGGUGAACGAGCUGCAGGGACUGGUGGCCGAGCUGCUGGGGAUGGAAGCCGCCCUCUUUGUGCCGUCCGGAACCAUGGGAAACCUCAUCGCCGUCAUGUGCCACUGCCCGGAGCGAGGGGACGAGAUGCUGCUUGGAGACAGGGCCCACAUUCACCUCUACGAGCAGGGAGCCAGCGCCCAGCUGGGCGGGGUGCACGCGCGCACGCUGGCCACGCGGCCCGACGGCACCUUUGACUUGGCCGAGCUGCGGAGCAAGGUGCGGCACGAGCACCCGGACGCGCACGUGCCGCGCUCACGGCUCCUGUGCCUCGAGUCGUCCCACAACGCGUGCGGAGGACGAGCCCUCCCUGUGGGUUUCCUGCGCGAGGUGCGGUCCCUGGCAGAUGAGCUCGGGCUCCGGGUUCACAUGGACGGAGCGAGGCUGCUGAAUGCCGCCGUGGCGCUGUCGGUGCCCCCCGCCGCCAUCGCUGGGCACUGCCACUCGGUCAGCCUGUGUCUCUCCAAGGGCCUGGGUGCCCCAGUGGGCUCGGUGCUGGCGGGCUCAUGCGAGUUGGUGGCACGGGCGCGACGCCUGCGCAAGGCACUGGGCGGGGGCAUGCGGCAGGCCGGGGUGGUGGCGGCCGCGGGGAUUGUGGCGCUCGACGGCUACGAGGAGACACUGCUCGCCGACCACCGCCACGCCAAGAUGUUCGCGCACGCCGUGGCGGAGCACGGCGCUGCUCUGUGCACGGCGUGGCCCGACAAGGUGGACACCAACAUCGUCAUGGUGACGGUGACGGAUCCCCGCGUCACGCCCGAGAUGCUGCGCCAGCAGCUGCUGGCAGGACACGCAGGCGGCAGCGGCACCGAGGAAGCGGACGCGGCCGUGCUGGUGGGCGUGUGGAGCGAGCGGGAGCUGCGGGCCGUGUUUCACCGCGACGUGUCGCACGCCGACACGCUGCUCGCCGCACACCGCUUCCGACUCGCCGCCGAUAGCCUGCGCGCCGAGCUGGGAUGCUGAGCCCCCCCCACCCCCCAUUGUGAAAGUGGUUGGGGCUCGGUGUCCUGGCACCUGGGGUUCCACCACGCCCAGUGCGUGUCGCCCCCGUGUGAGUAGGUGCUGCUAAUUUCGUCAAGCGUUGUGAUUAUGCCUUGACUUGGAGCAUUAUGGAUAGUGAAAUUAAUAAUUUAAUACACUUGCCUCUGAUUUUAUACAGUGUUAUUAUUUGCGAUGGACAGGGUCCCAUCGUGUAGAUGGAGUGCUCAUGCCGAUAACAUCUGGAAACCCGGCAGCAUUUUGUUUAGAGAAUCUCAGUCUGCCGAUGAGACCAAUAAGCGCAUGCUGCUGUUCAGCUUCUGUUUGGAAGUUUGGUCGGCUGAUGGACUAAAAACUACUUGAUUUUCACGUGGAGAGACAAGUCCAUUUUAGUAUUAAAAAUUUGCUUUUGCUUGCUGUGGCAUAGACGGGGAUGGCCACGCAAAUUGGUCACAGUUUCUGCUUGUGCCGUGCACACGGCUGGCAGCUGCGUGCCCAUGGUGAGUGGUCAGUAGCACGGCACGCAUGCGUCACUGCAUACGUGCACCGUGCGUCACGGCACGCGAGUCGUCCCCCAAUUGAGACUGGCUGUUGCAAUUCAGGUUUGUUAAAUAAUGCUGUCUUCCCCCAUCCGGUUUUUCUGUCAUUUAAAGCAUUGUUACGGGCCUAUGUUAUUUAAUAAAAUCGCAAAAAUAUA